AUGAAGAGAGAGGACCACCAAGAGAAGAAGACGACGAUGAAGAGAGAGGACCACCAAGAGAAGAAGACCACCAAGAGAAGAAGACUCUCGCCUUCCCUACUCCCCCCUCGCUCUCGCCUUCCCUACUCCCCCCUCGCUCUCGCCUUCCCUACUCCCCCCUCGCUCUCGCCUUCUACACCCCCUCGCUCUCGCCUUCUACACCCCCUCGCUCUCGCCUUUCCCUACCCCCCUCGCCUUCUACACCCCCUCGCUCUCGCCUUCCCUACUCCCCUACUCCCCCUCGCUCUCGCCUUCCCUACCCCCUCGCUCUCGCCUUCCCUACUCCCCCCCUCGCUCUCCCCUUCCCUACUACCCCCCUCGCUCUCGCCUUCUACACCCCCUCGCUCUCGCCUUCUACACCCCCUCGCUCUCGCCUUCUACACCCCCCCUCGCUCUCGCCUUCCCUACUCCCCUACUCCCCCUCGCUCUCGCCUUCCCUACUCCCCCCUCGCUCUCGCCUUCCCUACUCCCCCUCGCUCUCCGCCUUCCCUACUCCCCCUCGCUCUCGCCUUCCCUACUCCCCCUCGCUCCGCCUUCUACACCCCCUCGCUCUCGCCUUCUACACCCCUCGCUCGCCUUCUACACCCCCUCGCUCUCGCCUUCUACACCCCCUCGCUCUCGCCUUCCCUACUCCCCCUCGCUCUCGCCUUCCCUACUCCCCCUCGCCCUCGCCUUCCCUACUCCCCCUCGCCUUCUACACCCCCUCGCUCUCGCCUUCCCUACUCCCCUACUCCCCCUCGCUCUCGCCUUCCCUACUCCCCCUCGCUCUCGCCUUCCCUACUCCCCCCGCCUUCUACACCCCCUCGCUCUCGCCUUCCCUACUCCCCUACUCCCCCUCGCUCUCGCCUUCCCUACUCCCCCUUCGCUCACGCCUUCCCUACUCCCCCUCGCUCUCGCCUUCCCUACUCCCCUUCGCUCACGCCUUCCCUACUCCCCCUCGCUCUCGCCUUCCCUACUCCCCCUCGCUCUCGCCUUCCCUACUCCCCCCUCGCUCUCGCCUUCCCUACUCCCCCCUCGCUCUCGCCUUCCCUACUCCCCCCUCGCCUUCUACACCCCCUCGCUCUCGCCUUCCCUACUCCCCUACUCCCCCCUCGCUCUCGCCUUCCCUACUCCCCCUUCACUCACGCCUUCCCUACUCCCCCCUCGCUCUCGCCUUCCCUACUCCCCCUUCGCUCACGCCUUCCCUACUCCCCCUCGCCCCUCCCCUCGCUCUCGCCUUCCCUACUCCCCCUCGCUCUCGCCUUCCCUACUCCCCCUCGCUCUCGCCUUCCCUACUCCCCCUCUACACCCCCCCUCGCCUUCCCUACUCCCCUACUCCCCCUCGCCUUCCCUACACCCCCUCGCUCUCGCCUUCCCUACUCCCCCCCUCACUCCCCCUCGCUCUCGCCUUCCCUACUCCCCCUUCGCUCACGCCUUCCCUACUCCCCCUCGCUUCCCUUCCCUACUCCCCCUCGCUCUCGCCUUCCCUACUCCCCCUUCGCUCACGCCUUCCCUACUCCCCCUCGCUCUCGCCUUCCCUACUCCCCCUUCGCUCACGCCUUCCCUACUCCCCCCUCGCUCUCGCCUUCCCUACUCCCCUCUCACGCCUUCCCUACUCCCCCUCGCUCUCGCCUUCCCUACUCCCCCUCGCUCUCGCCUUCCCUACUCCCCCUCCCUUCCCUACUCCCCCUCGCUCUCGCCUACCCUACUCCCCCUCGCUCUCGCCUUCCCUACUCCCCCUCGCUCUCGCCUUCCCUACUCCCCCUCGCCUUCCCAACUCCCCCUCGCUCUCGCCUUCCCUACUCCCCCUCGCCUUCCCAACUCCCCCUCGCUCUCGCCUUCCCAACUCCCCCUCGCUCUCGCAUUCCCUACCCUACCCCUCGCUCUCGCCUUCCCUACUCCCCCUCGCCUUCCCUACUCCCCCCUCGCCUUCCCUACCCUACCCCCCCGCCUUCCCUACUUCCCCCUCGCCUUCCCUACUUCCCUCCUCGCCUUCCCUACUUCCCCCUCGCUCUCGCCUUCCCUACCCUACCCCUCGCUCUCGCCUACCCUACCCCUCGCUCUCGACUUCCCUACCCCUCGCUCUCGCCUUCCCUACCCCCCCACCCCGCUCUCGCCUUCCCUACUCCCCCUCGCCUUCCCUACUCCCCCUCCCUACCCUACCCCCUCGCCUUCCCUACCCCCCUCGCCUUCCCUACUUCCCCCUCGCCGUCCCUACUCCCCCCUCGCUCUCGCCUUCCCUACUCUACCCCUCGCCUUCCCUACUCCCAACCUCCCUACCCUACCUCUCGCCUUCCCUACCCUACCCCUCGCUCUCGCCUUCCCUACUCCCCCCUCGCUCGCCUUCCCCACCCUACCCCUCGCUCUCGCCUUCCCUAA